AUGAUUUGCCAACGUUGCCGCACCGGUAUCCUCUCCCGACUACAACCGCAGCACACAGUAGCAUGGUCUGCUACAUCACCAGCGCGCCAGCUCCCAUUUCAGCGCAGCCAAUUCCGGAACUACAGCGAUGGAAAGCCCACUGUUUCAGCUACACCACCCCCUCCUACUCCCCGUCAGCCCGUCGCAGGCGACAUCUCAAUUCCCUCGGCAAUCUCGUCCGCUGCUCCUGGCGUCUCGCAGCCUUUGAGCACACCGGAUGAAGUUCACGUCUCUGUCAACCCUGAAAAGCCUACAAAGUCUGCGGAACGUCCCCCCAGUAGCUGCCAGGCUGGCACCAAGAUGGUGGGCCUUAACUACUUCAAGAACAAGGAAGAUGUCUUCGCCCGUGAGGACUCGGAGUACCCAGACUGGUUAUGGUCUUUGCUGGAUGAGACGAAGGGUGCUAAGACUGAGAAGGGCGGUGUUGACCCGAACACCCUGAACAAGAAGCAACGGAAGCGUUACGAAAAGAAGAUGGCCGCCCGUGCCGCUACCCUGCCUCCUAAGAUCCCCGUUCACCACCACGCCAACGAUAUCACACCUGCCUCAUACAACCGCAGCGGAGAAGCGACCGACACCCUGGCCGAGGCCACCGAUGGCCUCGAAAAGCGUGGCGACAUCACCAAGAGUGCAAGAGAAUCCAGGCGGAAGGCCAUCAGAGAGGCCAACUUCUUGCGUGGACUGUAA